AUGGCCGAGGCCAAUGGCGCACCCGGUGCUGGUCUGACGGCAGACCAGAAAUAUGAACUCAUCUCCAACAACCUGCAAGAAGUCCUGAACAAGGAGAUUAUCCAAGAAGUCCUCAGCAAGAAUGAGCGCCCACUCAAGAUCUACUGGGGCACUGCAACCACCGGCAAACCCCAUUGCGGCUACUUUGUCCCCAUGCUCAAGAUCGCCGAGUUCCUGGCUGCUGGCUGCAGCGUGAAGGUUCUCCUGGCAGACGUCCACGGCUUCCUCGACAAUCUCAAGGCGCCCAUCGAGCUGGUCAAGGUGCGAGCCCAGUACUACGAACACACCAUCACCACCGCACUGAAAGCUGUCGGUGUGGACGUUUCGAGGUUAGAGUUCGUGCUCGGCAGCUCCUACCAAACCACAGGCGAGAGUGGCGCAAAAUACUUUAUGGACCUCCUACGAUUGAGCUGCUCCGUGUCAGGCCACGAUGCUUCCAAGGCAGGAUCGGAAGUCGUCAAGCAGGUCGAGGCGCCACCACUUUCAUCGCAGAUCUACCCACUUAUGCAGGCAUUGGACGAGCAGUACCUUGAUGUGGACGCUCAAUUCGGUGGUGUUGACCAGCGCAAGAUCUUCACACUCGCAGUCGAGGCACUUCCACGUGUUGGCUUUGCCAAGCGCGCACAUCUCAUGAACCCACUCAUUCCAGGUCUCCAAGAGGGUGGCAAGAUGAGCAGUUCCGACCCAGACUCGAAGAUCGACCUGAUCGACCCACCUGAGAUUGUGAAGAAGAAGCUGAAGAAAGCCUACUGCCCACCCAGGACGGUCGAGGGCAACGGUGUACUUAGUUUCGUCGAGUAUGUGCUCCUGCCAGCUUCCGCGCUCAAGAACAACGGCACACCAAAGUUCGUCGUCCAACGCCGCGAUGCGGAGCCCCUCGAGUACGACAACAUCAAGAAGAUGCAGGAGGACUACCUAGCGGACGUGCUGCAACCACAAUCACUAAAACCUGCAGUCACCGACGCGCUUCUCGAGAUCAUGGCGCCCAUUCAAGAGACCUUCCAGAACAGCAAGGAGUGGCAAGACAUUGAAAAGGCCGCUUACCCACCCCCGCCAGCUCCAGAGAAGAAGGCCAAGAAAGUGAAGAACCUUGGCUCGAGAUUCCCUGGUGCCAAGCCAGCAGCUGAUGGGACUGGCGCUAUUGAGGCGAAGCCUGACGGACACGUUGAGGGCCCUGAUGCCGAGAAGGCUAGCCUGGCUACACCGGAAGAUGCCGUUACUAAGCUCAGUGUUAACGAUAAGGCAUAG